CUUCAAAAUGGCUGCUUGACUACCUGUAAACUUGUGUUUUUAACUCGAAACUGCCAAACAAACCAUUUAUUUAAUCAGAAAAAAAUUGCAAAACACCAUUAAAGUGAAAAAUUUUAGCGAUAGAGCCUACUGUGAUUUUUUUAGUGACAGUUUUAUUCAAAAAUCGGUUUUUAAAUACCUGUGUCAAUGUACUUAUGUUGAGGUACAGUCUGUGUUAAAAAAAAACAGGAAUAUGAAACCACCUUUACCGUUACGAUCGCCGAAAAUAUGAAUUAUGAUGUUGAUCACGUUAAAAAAUGAUUAUAACAUUUUCUCUCAUGGUUGAGAGGCAGUCCACAAUUUAUCUUUUCUUAUUGUUUUAUUUUCUCCAUUCUGUUUCGAGUUAUCUAUUAUUAAUCGAUGAAAAGCAACAACCAGGCGAUAUUAUUUUUAAUGCUUCGGUCUACCGACUCGGUUCUGAACGAAAAUAUAAAAUAAAUGUCCAAAGAUCGGCCCCCUUCGUUGAAUCUUUAAUCUCCGUUCAUCCGACAAAUGGACAAGUUUCUCUACUCCAAAACCUGCAAUGUGAUGGUGUCUACUACCCCAAUUUAUUCACGGUUCACAUCGACUCGACAUCGAACCGCCUCAAAGACAUCGACUACUAUAGUCUACCUCUUCGUAUCUUCAUAAUCGGGUCAAAAUGCUCGGAAAAAAGCGACGAAAACUGGGAAUACCUCCACGAAUCUCGCCGCCGAAGAAGCAUCAACCCUUUCCUCACCCAAAUUCACCCAUCUGUCAAAGAACGCAUAACGCAAGCCAAGCAAUGGAUCUCCGAAACUUUCGCUUCUUUCGCUAUCCCCACAACCGGCAAAUGGCAGAAAAUCUGCCUUCGCCAAUCACAAUUCAUAAACUCAAUCUCGGCUUUCCUUCCGAGGACCAUAAGCGAAUUUUGCUCCGUCACUUUUCACUACGUGAGCGACGAUAGAUUUAAAAUCGAGCACAGCCAGGGCGACUUGGUGGCUAGUGGAGACGAAUGCAUCGUUGAACCUUUAUGGAAAAUCACAGUUCUCUUCUCAACACAUUGCCACGACAUCAAAAUUUUAAACUCUGAACAUCGGCUCAAAAUCGUCUACCACCAUCAAAUUUUUAACGAUACGGAUAUAGCUAAGCGAGUCCGGAGGGAACUUCGCAACCAAUCGCCUUUCUUUGAGAAACCACUCUACGUAGCAAGUGUGCUCGAGGAGUGCGACCCCGGAGUCGUGGUCACUAGUGUCAAAGCUCGUGACCCGGAAAAUAGCCCUAUAAGUUACUCCAUGUCAAGUUUGCUGGACUCGAGGACUCAAGGGAUGUUCGAUAUUGACCCGAAAACAGGGACCAUAACCACAAAAGUGAAACUAGACCGCGAGAUGGUCGAUGUUCACUACUUUAGGGUGACAGCAAUGGAUGAUAGUUUUCCGCCAAGAAGUGGGACCACAAUGCUCCAAAUAAAUGUCUUGGAUGCCAAUGACCAUGCCCCCACUUUUGAAAUGAAUGAAUACGAUGCCAGUAUCAAGGAGAGUGUCAGUGUUGGCUCUACUGUUAUCACACUAAAAGCCACCGACCAGGAUGUUGGGAAAAAUGCCGAUGUUGAAUAUUCGAUUCAGAGUAUUAAUGGAGGUGGCAUUUCGUCAGAAGAGGACGAUAAUAAAGCUUUUAAAAUUGACCCCAAAACUGGGAUUAUCACAACUAGACUAAUGCUAGAUAGGGAAACAACCGAGGUUUACACUUUGAUAGUCGCAGCUACGGACUUAGCAAGUCCCCAAACCGCCCGGAAGUCCUCAAGUGCCAGCGUUGUGAUACAUAUCUUAGAUGAUAAUGACAAUUACCCUCAAUUUUCAGAACGCACUUAUACUGUAGCACUAGACGAAGACAUUGACUGGAGCUCGAACCCAGUUAUAGCUCAUAUCAAAGCCACCGACGCCGAUCAGGGUAACAACGCCGCAAUCCGAUACGCGAUAAUCAGUGGCAAUACCCAAUCGCAAUUCGCUAUUGAUAGUUUAACAGGGGACGUUUCCUUAGUCAAGCCUUUGGAUUAUGAAACUUUGCGUAGUUAUCGACUGGUUAUAAGAGCCCAAGACGGCGGGAGUCCAGCAAGGUCGAACACUACUCAAUUGUUAAUUAACGUAAAAGAUGUUAACGACAAUGCACCGAGGUUUUAUACAUCGUUAUUUCAAGAGAGUAUACAGGAGAAUGCGCCUGCGGGAUAUAGUAUUGUUAAAGUGCAAGCCUACGAUGCUGAUGAAGGGCCGAAUGCUGAUAUAAAAUAUACAAUUGCACCGAGGGACUCGAUUGGGGCUAGCACGGAAGAUUUUCCGUUGACGGUUGAUUCGCAUACGGGAUGGAUCACGACAACCAAGGAGUUGGAUCGCGAGGAUCAGUCCAAGUUCAUGUUUCAGGUGAUAGCCACUGAUCAAGGCACCCUUCCGCAAUCCGCCAGCGCUAGCGUCAUUAUUACCGUUCAAGACGUAAACGACAACGACCCCGUGUUUGAGCCAAAAAUCUACGAAUCUGUCGUCUCCGAAGACGACCCUCCUGGCACUCCCGUGGCCACCGUCACCGCUACCGACGCCGACGAAGACGCUCGUCUUCACUAUGAACUUACUAACGGCAACACCCGCGGCCGUUUUGCCAUCACCUCCCAAAACGGUCGAGGAGCCAUCACCAUAGCUCAACCCCUGGACUACAAACAAGAAAAACGCUACAUUUUGACGGUCACAGCGUCGGAUUCGGGUGGACGGACAGACACAGCCACUGUCUACGUCAACAUAACCGACGCUAAUAACUUUGCACCGGUUUUUGAAAACGCCCCGUAUACGGCAAGCGUGUUCGAGGAUGCGGCGGUUGGUACCACUGUUCUGGUGGUUUCGGCGACGGAUAAUGAUGUGGGUUUGAACGCACAAAUUACGUAUAGUUUGGGGGAGGAUGGGGACCAUCCGGCCGAGUUUACCAUCAAUCCGCAAACAGGGGCUAUUAUUACGACGAAGACACUCGAUAGGGAGACCACGAGUGGAUAUUUGCUGACGGUGACGGCGCGAGAUGGGGGGAACCCCCCGUUAUCUGACACCACAGACGUAGAAAUAUCCGUGACAGAUGUUAACGAUAACUAUCCAGUAUUUAAACAAGCGGCGUAUUCAGGGAGUGUUCUCGAAGAUGCCCUUGUGGGCACCUCUGUCGUGCAAGUAUCCGCAACGGACGCCGACGUCGGCCUCAACGGCAAGAUCUCUUAUUCCCUCAGCGAAAAAGACAAAGAAGACGGUUCCUUUGUCAUCGACCCCACAAGUGGUGUCAUUCGUACUAACAAAGGCCUCGAUCGUGAAUCAGUCGCCGUAUACGAGCUGGAAGCCUAUGCUAUAGACCGUGGAUCCCCGACUUUGAGCAGCUCAGUGCCUGUGACAAUCCACAUCGACGACAUCAACGACUCACCUCCGGCCUUCGAUUCGGACAAAAUCGUACUCUACAUCGCCGAAAACAGUCCGAUUGGAUCAACAGUAGGGGAAAUUCACGCAAAGGAUCCUGACGAAGGUGUCAAUGCUAUUAUCCAGUAUUCGAUAAUUGGGGGCGAGGAUAGCCAGAGUUUUUCUUUGGUAACUAGACCCGGAUCCGAAAAGGCCGACUUGCUAACGAUGACCGAACUCGAUUACGAAAGUCCGAAAAAGAAAUUUGAUUUGAUUAUUCGGGCGGCAAGUCCCCCGUUACGCAGCGAUGCCCACGUUGAGAUAAUUGUGACAGAUGUUAAUGAUAAUGCACCGGUUUUGCACGAUUUUUUGGUCAUGUUUAACAACUAUAGGGAUUUUUUCCCAACUGGUCCAAUUGGCCGAAUCCCUGCUUUCGAUGCCGAUGUUUCAGAUAAGUUGCAUUAUAGGAUUUUAUCAGGAAAUAAUGCGAAUUUGGUAGCACUGAAUGAAAGUACAGGUCAGAUUCAAUUGUCACCACAACUCAACACCAAUGUUGCCAAAAUGGCAUCUAUGGAGGUUUCGGUCACUGAUGGAGUGAAUGAAGUCAAGGCAAUCAUGCAAUUAUCAGUCAGACUCAUCACUGAAGAAAUGUUAUACAAUUCGAUAACAGUCCGACUCAACCAAAUGACAAAAGAGGCAUUUUUGUCGCCCCUUCUUGGUUUCUUUAUGGACGGACUCGCAGCCAUAAUUCCGUGCCCUAAAGAAAACAUCUUCAUUUUUAGCAUUCAGGACGACACUGACGUCGACGCAAAAAUCCUCAAUGUGAGUUUUUCGGUCCGGAGGCCUGACGUCCCCAAGGAGGUCUAUUACACUCCACAAUUCCUCAAAGAAAAAGUCUACCUAAAUCGAGGCAUUCUCGCCCGACUAUCAACAGUACAAAUCCUCCCUUUCGACGAUAACCUUUGCGUGAGGGAACCCUGCCUCAACUACGAAGAAUGCCUCACUGUUCUCAAAUUCGGAAACGCGUCCGAUUUCAUCAGCAGCGAUACUGUUUUGUUUCGACCUAUCUACCCAGUCACAACGUUCACUUGUCAGUGUCCCAAAGGCUUCACGGGGUCUAAAGAACACUACUUGUGUGAUACCGAAGUAAAUUUGUGUUAUUCGUCGCCGUGUCAACAUAACGGAACUUGUAAAAUACGCGAGAGUGGUUAUACGUGUGUUUGUACUCAUGGUUACACGGGACCAAAUUGUGAGGUUGAGCUUUCAGAUGAUCCCUGCAAUCCGAGUAUGUGUAAAUCGGGAAGUACGUGUAGUCCGAAAAAUGGUAAAUCGUUUAUUUGUGAAGAGUGUUCGUUGGAUGCCGGGAAUGAGCAUUAUACUUCGAUGUGUGAGUUGAAGACGAGGAGUUUUACUAAAAGUUCGUUUUUGACGUUUCCGAGUUUGAAGCAGAGGCAUAGGUUGCAUCUAAGGCUAAGAUUUGCUACACAAUCUCGCAACGGCUUACUUCUCUACAACGGCCGUUAUAACGAACUCCACGAUUUUAUUUCCUUAGAGAUCGUUAAUGACCAAAUUCAAUUUUCCUUUUCUCUUGGCGGCAACGUAACAAAAGCCGUUGCCUCAAUAUCUGGCGGGAUUUCUGACGGCAAUUGGCAUUCAGUCACCGUCUCGUAUUACAAUAAAACGGUCACUGUAUCAAUUGAUGAUUGUGACACAGCUUUGGCUUUGAAACAUGGAAAGGAAUUAGGCGGAAAAUGGGCCUGUGCUGGCUUUGCCGAAUAUCAUUUGGAACCACGUUGUGCCUCACUUACCGAAACGUGUCACAGAUUUCUAGAUUUGACGGGACCUUUACAACUAGGGGGAUUACCCUCCUCGUCGAAUAAUUUUCAAACGAAAAAUCGGUAUUUCGAAGGGUGCAUUUCAGAAUUACAAGUCGAUUACAAGUUUGUAGACUUGAACAGUUUUGUAACCGAUAAUGGGACGACUCCUGGAUGCCCAGAAAAACGUUCAUUUUGUAAUCCCAAUCCGUGCAAAAAUGGUGGCGUUUGCAAAGAAGGAUGGGCUAUGUUUCGAUGUCUGUGUCCUAGUGGCUAUGGAAGUAAAGAUUGUAGUGAAUUGAUUAGUCAACCAUGGCAUUUUUCGGGCGAUGGUACUCUUUCAUUUAACCCACUUUUGAGACCCAUCCAACUUCCAUGGCUUAACUCUUUGUCAGUUAGGACGUUACAAGAAGACACAUUUUUAAUGUCCAUUCAAGUGGGUCAGAAUAGUUCAGCAGUGAUUUCCCUACAAAACAGUUUUCUUCUUUAUUCUUACAACGGCGAAUCUUUUUCAAUUCCAACUAGAGAACUUUCAAAUGGGGAGUGGCACCAUAUUGAAAUCACGUGGCUAGGUACUGAAAUAAAAUUGUCUAUUGAUUACGGAGAGCACGUCUCAGUGGUACCUUUCACUGAAAAAAUUCAAGGAUUAUACAUAGGAAAAAUUUUGAUUGGAGGCCCUGACAACUCAUAUAGUAGCCUAAAUGCCGGUUAUAAUUAUUUGGAAGGUUGCAUCCAAGAUGUUCGCAUCGGCAGCCACCAAACAAUUCUAAACCGACCCACUGUAACCGAAAAUGUAGAAGAAGGUUGUCCGGCACUAACCGAAUGUCAAAACGACUGUCCCUCCUCUUCGAAAUGUGUGACAAAAUGGGGAAAAUCUUCAUGCAACUGCCACGAUGGCCACGUUGGACCUUUAUGUAUUCCAGUGUGUGAUGUCAGUCCUUGCGAAUCUGGAACCUGUGUUGCAACUAAUCUUGACCCCAAAGGCUACAAAUGUCACUGCAACUCGUCUGAAUUCUCGGGUGAAUACUGCGAAAACAAGAUGGCGCAACCGUGUCCGUCUAGUUGGUGGGGAUAUCCGGUUUGUGGUCCUUGCCACUGUGAUGUGGAAGCCGGUUAUAACCCCGACUGUGACAAACAAACCGGUCAGUGCCACUGUCGCGAAAACCACUACCAACCCAAAGGAACCACCAAGUGUAUCCCUUGUGAUUGCUACCAUAUCGGGUCAUUCAACAGCCAGUGUGACCACGAAACUGGGCAAUGUAUGUGUCGAGACGGAGUCAUAGGUCAGAAAUGCGACUCUUGUCCCAAUGCGUAUGCAGAAGUGACGCUUCAAGGGUGCGAGGUGGUAUACGAUGGGUGUCCCCGGAAUUCUGCAAGUGGGAUUUGGUGGCCCAGGACGGCUUUUGGGGGAGAAGCCGUCGAGAGUUGUCCCAAAGGGACACACGGGAAAGCUUCCCGGGUUUGCGAUGAUGAUUCCGGGGGGUGGCAAAAGCCGGAUUUGUUCAAUUGUACUUCGGAUCGAUUUGUGGAUUUAAGACAGCAAUUAAGUAAUAUUGAGAGAGGGGAUUUGCAAAUGAAUACAUUUGUAGCGAUUAAGCUAGCCUUGGAUCUUUAUAAAGCCACUAAUGUCACUCCGGUUUUGUAUGGGGCCGAUGUUUUGGUUACUUUUGACUUGGUUAAAGAAUUAUUAGGAUAUGAAUCGAGAAUGCAUGGGUUGAAUUUGACUCAUAGUCAAGAUAAGGAUUACAUCCAUAACAUCGUACAUUCGGUUGGGGUGGUUUUAGAUGAGAAAUAUUUAAAUCAUUGGAUAAGAAUUAAACAAUUGACUGGCGACGGGGCUGAAAAUCUGAUCGGAGUUAUUGAAAAUUAUAUCAAUAUUCUUUCAAUUAGCCAACACGACACAUACACCAACCCCUUUGAAAUCGUUUCACCAAACAUGGUUUUGGGUUUGGACGUCGUAACCCCCGAGUCCCUCUACGGCUACGAACCGGACUCGAUCCCUUCCUUGCCGACCGAUCCCAACUACACCACCGAGCGUGUCAUCCUCCCCGACACAUCCCAAUUCCUCCAAGAUACCCCUCAGAAAUCCUACGGUCCUCUCGUCGCCUUUCCCAAAUACAACAACUACCUCCUCGACAAAAGUAAAUUUGAUCAAACCACCCGAAUUCUAAUCCCUCUCAAACUCCUGGGGAUCAAACCCGUGGAACACGGCGAAUUGAUCACAAAACACUCACUUCCGGAUGUCGGCGCUGUGGUCAGCUAUGCACAAUACAAACAAGCGAAUUCGCUCUUUCCAGAAAAAUACGAUGAUUCAGUCGUUCGGAGAUGGGGGGUGGAUAUCACAAUUGGGUCGCCGCUGAUCUCAGUUGGAGUGUUAGUCCCGGAAUACGUAGAUGCAGUCAUGAGGACGACAACCCCGAAAAAUAUCAUUUUUGAAGAUGUUAAACUACCCGAAAUCGAUUUGAGCCAACAGGAUAUGUUCCCGAGGAAGGUUGUGGUCGAACCAGAAGUGAAAGUGCACGAAAAUGAUCCGAUUUAUCUAAAAUCGACGCAGCCAAGGCGGAAAAGAGAGCAAAGAUUAACUCGGAAGUUGCUAUACAAGAGUUUAUCAGGGAUUGCUUUGAAAAUUCCAGUCAAGUUGCAGAUUUGGUUGGAUUCAAAUAAAACGCUGUUUAAUGAACGGUCGAAUCCGCAGUGUGUUCAUUGGUCGACUAUUCGAGGAUUUGGGGAAUGGUCACGUGUUGGGUGCCGGACUGAAGUCGGCGAUGAUUGGUUUGAUACUUACGACCAAAAACCACCAAUUGUGAACUGUACUUGCAACCAUUUGACCACUUUUGCAGUCCUUGUCGACGUUGUUGAUUUAGAAUACAUUCCCGAACCAUCUCUACUCGAGGACAUUUCAAGCUACAGCUGUUUCGCUAUUUCUCUACCUCUCCUUCUCGCCGCCUACCUCAUUCUAGCUUUAAUCCGAGGCUUACAAACCAAUUCCAACACAAUACGGAAAAACCUCGUACUUUGCGUAUUUCUAGCCGAAUUAUUGUAUUUCAUAGCCUUGAAAGCGCGCAGGCCUAUGGUCAGCAGUGAUCUUCCAUGUAAACUGGUGGCCAUUGGUUUACAUUACUUGUGGCUAGCGUCGUUCUUUUGGAUGCUAGUCGAUGCAUUACAUUUAUACAGGAUGUUGACAGAGAUGCGUGAUAUUAAUCAUGGUCCGAUGCGAUUUUAUUAUAGCAUGGGGUAUGUAGUACCCGCUGUUGUCGUGAGUUUGGCUGUAGGGGUGCGAGCCCACCAGUAUGGCAACUAUUACUUCUGUUGGGUGUCAUUAUACGAAAGCGUCGUUUGGAGUCUUGUCGGACCGAUCUGUCUUCUAGUUUUAAUCAAUCUUUUGAUUUUGAUAAUGGCAAUACGGGCAGCGUUUACCCUACAAGACCAUGUACUUGGGUUUGGUAAUUUGCGGACUCUACUGUGGGUCUCCGUGGUCUCUUUACCACUACUGGGGGCUACUUGGAUUCUUGCAUUGUUGGCAGCGUCUGAAAGACAUCCACUUUUGACACCGUUUUUGUCAGCUGCUGUUUUAAUACAUGCAGCAUUUUCACUCGCCGGCUAUUGUUUUGCAAAUAAUAGAGUCCGACAAAAUUUAAUUAGGUCUAUAAUGCGUUGUAUGGGUAAGAAAGUGCCAUUACUCGAGACCACAUCAGUGGUGGGUGUUCCAAGUACAAGCAGUCAGAACAUUAGUGGCCAAUCGAGAUCCGCUUUGGCUUACCAUUCGACCAUCGAUCCAACUCGCCGCAACAUCGGCAUUUCAACCUCCAGUACGACAUCACGUUCGACUACUAAAACCAGCUCGAGCCCUUACAGGAGUGACACCCAUUUGCGUCACACCAGUACCAGUACUUCGAAUUACAACUCAACAAGUGACGUCCCUUCAUACAUGAGAGGCUUCGAGCAGGAAACGGGACUUCACCGACACCGAGAAAUACCGGAAGAGACCGAACGGCGCGAACGUCGAGCUGAUAGCGACUCAGACUCGGAUGGUUCCGAAGGACGGAGUCUCGAUUUGGCUUCAAGUCACUCAAGCGAUGAUGAUGAGUCCAGUACACGGAGACACCGGACUCGAGGAGGUACCCGGCAAGGGUACCUUCCGAACAUAACCGAACAUGUUGUUUCGCGGUGUGGUACUCCACCAUCGCUCAAUGUGGUCACCAACUCGCAAUUAUUUCCCUCUGUUCAGCCAGGGUAUGGCUCCAGGUGGUCCAGUCAGCUGCCAGAAGCUUACCUAUCUAAUCCAAAUGUUCCAGAAGUGGGAAGAUGGUCGGCUGAGACAGCCUCAGAUAAUGAGUUCUGUCACAAAACAAACUCACCCAACCCCUUGCCUAACCCCGACGUUACCCCUGAAACAUGUCUGCCAACUUUACAAUCGGAACAAUAUAUGGUGCGCACCCAUUAUGAUAAUCAUUACCCCAAUAACCAAUUCAAGAGCGACUACUUAUCAAAAAUGAUGCAUCAUGAAAAUAUGAAUUUCCAAGAUUAUGUAGAACGGGGGUCCGACAUUGAUGAUAAGCAUCACAUAAGUGAUAAAUAUCUAUUCCCGUAUACAGACGAUCCGCUGAAAGCGGAAGAGGACCACGUGACGAGUCAUAACAAUUACAUACACCCUUCGAGUCGUAUUAUGUCACCGGUGACCAAUGAUAUAAAUAAUCCAGGAAUGGAGUACCAUGGUUCUCAUAUGGGGUCGCGCAUUGGGUCGGUACUUGGAUCAAUGCAUGGAUCUGUUUGUGGUAGUGUUAGAGGUUCGCCUUCGCCUCUGAUGCCACCCGUAUCCAUGAUCCAUUCAACCCAUCCACCAGAACCACCUCACUGGUGUUGGGAAUAUGGCAUUAACAAAUAAUUGGCUUUGGAAAGAAGAUAAAAACGAAGAAACUUCAGUCUGACGAGGAGAUUAAUUUCGUGUACAAAUAAGUUAUUUAUUGUUAUUUUUUGACUUGUUUUUUGUAUAUGUUUCCGAUAAAAGACUGUGUAUGUAUAAUUGUAACAAUCUUUGACAUUCCGAAUUUAUUUAGUAAGGGAGCUUUACAAUGCACUUAGAAUCCUAGGUAAUAAUUGUAAUUGCCAUCAUAUAUUACAUACAUUAUUUAAUAGUAGUUAUUAAGUAGAUUUUAGCUGAUUCAUUAGCCAUCAGAGGAGAAGACUAAGGUAUUUUUUACGCCAUAAAUGAUUUUAUUUGCGUCGAAACAAAAUUGAAAAUAUUUUUGUGUAAAUUUUGUAAGAAACCUGUGCCUAAAAAGCUUUUUUAUAUAAAACUUUUUUUUGUAUAAAUGGUCGUAACACUAAGAUAUUUUGUAAGAUCUCAGUAUUUAUUUAGCUUAGGAAUUUUGUAUGACACUACCCAAACGUACUAGAUGUAUUUUAUUUCAAUAUUUUGACUGUGCAAUUUCUACAUUCCAAUUUUUUAUACACUCUUGGACUCAGAUAUAUUGUGAUUUUUAUUUUAUUAAAUUUUCUCAAAGAAA